AUGCUUCUGGAAAAUGCAACAGAAAAACUUGGCUUGCCAUUUGCUGCACGACGAAUAUUCACUGAAGAUGGAGCAGAAAUACUUUCUGAAGAUAAUAUUCCUUCCGAGGGUGAUGUAUAUAUCUCCAUGGGGGAAACAUUUAAAGACCCUUUCUAUGCUACAAAACGAAAUAUAUUGAUUAGAAACAAUGCAGCCUGGAAUCUAACAGGAGUAGUUUUGCCUGAGAAUGGUCACAAGAAAACAACAAAAACAUGCUUGUCAAAAAGAAUGAGAGCUCUUUGUGAAAACAAGAAAGUGAGAAUCUUGGUUUACAAAAAUGGCCAGAGCACAAAUGCUUGUGAAGUUGUGGCAGAUCUCAAGAAUAUCCAGGAUUUCUUCAACUGCUGCACCAUCAAGUUGGAUUUACACAGCUGUGCAAAGAUUGCUUUCGACUUGGACGGGAAUGAGAUCAGUGAUCUUGCAGACAUUUCAGUUUUAGAUGAGAAUAUAAUACACCAAGGGAAGACACCUCUUCUUGGUCCACUGUGGAUCUCAACUGGAGAAGGAUUUAGUCCCUCUGGUACACAGAGUUUCUUAACAGCUGCAAAGAAUGCUCUUAAAAGCAAGCUGACAAUGGCCCAACAUCAUAAACAGAAUAUUGAUUGUGCUCUGAAUAAUCAGAAAGAGAAAGUUACAGACGUAGCAGUUUUGUCCAUGUCUGCAGAAGAAUUAUAUGAAGCCUCAGAGAAAGCUGAUCGUGACGUUGACAGAUACAAAGAGUCACUUGUGCACAUCAAAAAAAGGCUUCAUUCAUUGCGAGAAGAUGUUUCUAAGGAGGAAAAGGAAGGCUUGAAAUAUCAUAUGUCACAUAUUCAAGAGCUGAGUGCUGAUGACCGGCUGGUUGGAACUAGAGGCUGCAGACUUAGGUUCAUGGAGCAUUUACAUACUUACUUUAAUAUCCGUGAAGCUUUGAGAGGGAUUGAUAGUAACAACAGCAGAGAGAAGCUGAUGCAGAAGCUCUUAGAUGAAUUGUCCAGCACAAAAUUUUCUGAAAAUGUGAGCCGAAACCUGAUUUCGGUUGCCACUAAACUGUAUGACAAAAACGGCUGUGAAAUCACUGAUGUACUAAGUCUGGAACAAGAACAAGCCAGGCAGAUUGAGAAUAACGUAGAGCAGCCUGAAAUUUCUGUUUGGUUGUCAUUUGGUGAACCAUACAUUUCUCCAUUCA